UGGCUGGAGUUUACCAAGUCGGUGGUGAAGCAGAUGAGGGCCCAGCCCCCCUUCACCAUGUGCUUCCGCGUGAAGUUUUACCCCACGGACCCCGCUGCUCUGAAGGAGGAGAUCACCAGGUAUUUAGUCUUCCUGCAGAUCAAAAGGGAUCUCUACCACGGCCGUCUCCUCUGCAAGACUUCGGACGCCGCUCUGCUGGCCGCCUAUAUCCUUCAAGCCGAGAUCGGGGACUACGACCCGGGGAAGCACCCGGAAGGCUACAGCUCCAAGUUCCAGUUCUUCCCCAAACACUCGGAGAAGCUGGAGAGGAAAAUUGCAGAGAUCCACAAGUCGGAGCUGAGUGGGCAGACACCAGCUACUUCCGAGCUGAAUUUCCUCAGGAAAGCCCAGACUCUGGAGACCUACGGGGUUGACCCACACCCUUGCAAGGAUGUGUCGGGGAACGCGGCGUUUUUGGCCUUCACCCCCUUUGGGUUUGUUGUUCUGCAGGGAAACAAGAGAGUUCACUUCAUCAAGUGGUGAGGUUUGGAUGAGAUGAUCUUUGAAGGCUCCUCCUCCCGACUCCUUGUCUUUCUCCUUCAGGAAAAGAAAAUUGUCCUUACGUACUUUGCCCCAACGCCAGAAGCCUGCAAGCACCUCUGGAAGUGUGGGAUAGAGAACCAGGCUUUCUACAAUGUCCUCCGUUUGCUCCUUGUGACAGUUGGACUCCUCUUUGUUUUGCUCCUCCUCCUGAUCGUCCUUACCGAGUCCGACCUUGACACUGCCUUUUUCCGUGAUAUCCGCCAGACCCCCGAGUUCGAGCAGUUCCAUUACCAAUACUUUUGUCCCCUCAGGCGAUGGUUUGCCUGCAAAGUCCGCGCCGUGGUAAGCCUGCUCAUUGACACCUGA